GAUGCUCAUAUGCGACGUACUCUUGGGUUUCCCUGCUCUUACUGCUCCCAAUGGAGAUAUGUUUAAUCUGACUGCAUCUCGCAGAGCGCACAAGUAUUCAUCUCGCCGGGGUGGUCGGGACGGAGUGUGCUUAUCUCAUCGUCGAGCAAUGUUUGUCGGAAUCCGGUUGGCGUCGUCGCUGGACCGCCGGGCUGAGAAUGUUCGCGCAGAAGGAGGGCAGCGCAAAUCGAUCGCUGAAAGCCAAAUGGCCAAUGUUGUUCACGUUCGCGCCCAUCGUGUGUCUUUUUAUACCUGUAAAAGAGCAGCAAGUCUGUUACGAGCUGAAGGACACUGAGAUCUUCGUCUCAUCGCAUCCUCAACUUCCCAAGCUGUCGCGAUGCACAAUGCUUUCCAAAGCAGGGCAAUGUUCGAGGAAAGUCCGUGGUAGAGCCGCUCUCCAGUUUGGCAGCCCCAGACUCGAAAAAGCAUUGCGCAUCUCGACAGCCAUGUUUGGCACUGUUGCAAAAGAUGAGAUUGAGGAGGAAAGGACAUAGAAACAGGAUCAGAGCAUUUCCUCUGCUGAGUCACAACAAUGGCACAGUCAUCUGGUUUGCGACAACGGAGUGUUGAUUGGUAUGAGGCUCCGAGAACGUACAAAAGAUGCUCCACCAGACGAU